AUGGAAUUAUUAAAAAGUGUAAAAUACCAGACAAUUCAUCCAAAAAAUGUCAAUGCGGAAACAUCGCCUUCUCACAUCCUGUCGAAGGAACAGCUAAACUUCUACCAGGAGAAUGGCUUUCUGGUAAUCAAUGGGCUAAUUGACUUCGGGUCUUUAUACAAUUUGAAAAAGCGCUUCAUCCAUAUCGCCAAGGGCAUAGUGGACAAAGGUCAAAUGACAGUAGUGAGGGAACCGGCUUUGGUCGAGAAGGGCGCGACAGGAGAAGACGUUAUCAACAAGCUUCAAGACAUCCACUACGACGAUGUGUUCAGUACUUACGUCGAAGAUCCCAGAAUUCUGGAUGUAGUAUCGCAACUGAUCGGUUCGGACAGUAUUGUCGCGACUCAUUCAAUGCUGAUAAAUAAGCCACCUGGAACUGGAAGACAUCCGCCACAUCAGGACUUAUACUACUUCCCAUUCCGACCUGCGGAUAUGAUUGUUGCCGCCUGGACAGCCAUAGACCACGUUAAUAAGGAAAACGGUUGCCUGUACGUUAUUCCCAAGUCCCAUAGGAAGCACGGUCUAGUAGCCCACUCGAUGCCAUCGGAUUCGAACAAGCUGUACCACGGAAUAAUGGAGGAGUCCCUGGCGCCGGAAGCCGAGCGCGUGCAGCUGGCCAUGUCCCCGGGCGACACGGCGCUGUUCCACCCGCUGCUCGUGCACGGCUCCGGCCCCAACGUCUCCACGAACUACCGUAAAGCGAUCACCUGCCAUUACGCGAGCGGACAGUGCCACUACGUGUCGGUGCAAGGAACGGUACAGGAGCCCGUAGCCAAAGAGAUCGAGGCCGAGGCGCGCCGUAGAAAUUUCCACAUCGAUUUCGUGGACACGUGGCGCUACAAGAACAAACUGGUGAGGGGCGUCAAAUCAAAUCUCUAA